AUGGGUUCGACAUUUUCGACUAAAAUGAAUGCAAAUGAGAAGUGUAGUGACUGUUCACCGAUGUCGGCAGAGGAACGAUAUCGCGCUCGGCAAACAGCAAAAGUUAUCUACCCGCCUUUAUCCUCUAUACCAGAUGAACGACCUAAACGCUCUUUAAGACCUGAUGGCCGUGAAUUAUACGAAUCAGUUCGUAUGGAUCCCGAAUUGAACCAAAAGCAAAGCAAUAAUUCUCACGAAGAACAUCCGAUGCAAUCAUCCUUUAACAAUCAUUACAAGCAAUAUGAAGAUGGUACUUUUACAGUACUUUCGCAAUGCUCAACGCACCAUGAUCAUGUCUUCCGUCUGUAA